AUGGAAAGAUUGCGGCUACAAGCAUUUGAGAAAUCUUUGACAACCACCGAGAAAGUUCUGCUCGAGUCAAUCAAUCGUAUCAUGGAAGAUGAUCCAGAAAGAGAUAACUUUUUGGACAUCAGCAGCGGCAACAACGUUACGGAAGCGAAAAUGAUGUACGACCUAUUUGUUCAGAAACGUUGCGAGGAGAAUCCAUUGUUUUCGUUCUGGUCGCAUUACAUCGAAAUGGUGCAAUUAUUACUACUUUACAUUCGGGCAACAAGAACCACCGACUGGUCUCUACACCUAAGUUCGCUAAAGUCGAUGAUUCCAUGGUUCUUCGCGACAGAUCGCGUGAAUUAUUCCAGAUAUGCUUCGUGUUAUUGGUUGGAAAUGAUGUGUCUCGAAAUCACUCAUCCAUACGUCGCUGUUAACAUUUCUCAAAAUUGGACUGUUCAGAGACAAGAAAACUACUCAUUUUCCAGCAUUGCUUGCGACCAGACGAUUGAGCAAACUUUAAACAGAGAUUCUAAAAUGAAAGGUGGAUUGAUCGGGAAAACGUUGAACAGAGGAGCAGUACAUCGUUGGUUGAUGGGGCAAGCAGAAAGAAGUGCUAUAACAAGACAGUGUGAAGCCAUGGCAAACAUCUCUGAAGUUGCAAGGAGUAGAAAGGAUUUAGACCGGACAAGGAUGGCAGCGGACGAUAAGGCGGUGAUGGAGGUCAUUAAAACGGUGGAGUCAAUGAUCAAUCCAUUCGACAAUGAUAAAGAUGAAUUGGUACAUUUGGCCAGUGGAUCAGUUGCCACCGCUGCGAUUGCCGAAGACAUGAAAAGAAUGCUUGAAAAGGGGAAAUUCGCCGCGGACGAUUUCAUGAAGUCUAAAAUUGUUGGAGAAAUGCCCAAUAUUUACGAAUCUAUAAAGAAAACAAAGUUGGAAACAUUUUCUUCUCUAGGUAGUUUUAUGUUAUUUAUAUUGUAA